UAUGACUUUUCCUGUUUCCGUUUGAGCGAAUGGUUGAUUAAACCAACUGGACAUGGCGGAAGCAACGUCACUCAGUUUUUGUGCCCGCCUUCUGUCUUUGCAGUUUCACGAGUGCAACACAUCUAGUGGAAAAACCUUUACACGAGCAAGUCUACGGAGAUCUGCAUCCUAGCUGCCAGCAUGUCUGGCACUGCCACAGUUCUGCAGCAGUUUGUGAGUGGUCUUAAGAGUCGCAAUGAAGACACGCGUGCCAAAGCUGCUAAAGACCUCCAGCACUAUGUCACUACAGAACUAAGAGAGCUGAGCCAAGAUGAAGCCACCACUUUCUAUGACGAGCUGAACCACCACAUAUUUGAGUUGGUUUCCAGCUCAGAUGUGAAUGAGAAAAAAGGUGGUAUCCUUGCCAUAGUGAGUUUGAUUGGUGUGGAGGGGGGAAAUGCCACCCGUAUCAGCCGAUUUGCAAACUACCUACGCAACCUGCUUCCCUCCAGUGACUCAGUGGUCAUGGAGAUGGCCUCUAAGGCCAUGGGUCACCUGUCCAUGGCGGGAGACACCUUCACUGCAGAGUAUGUGGAGUUUGAGGUGAAGAGAGCUCUCGAAUGGCUGGGAGCAGACAGGAAUGAAGGAAGACGGCAUGCAGCGGUGCUGGUUUUGCGAGAGCUCGCUGUUAGCGCACCUACAUUCUUUUUCCAGCAGGUGCAACCGUUCUUUGAUAACAUUUUCUAUGCUGUGUGGGACUCCAAACAGGCCAUUCGUGAGGGUGCAGUAUCUGCGCUCAGAGCCUGUCUGAUCCUCACCACCCAGAGAGAGACCAAAGAGAUGCAGAAGCCACAGUGGUACAAGCAAACAUUUGAGGAAGCCGAGAAGGGUUUUGAUGAAACUCUGGCUAAAGAGAAAGGCAUGAAUAAGGAUGACCGUGUGCAUGGAGCUCUACUCAUUCUCAAUGAACUAGUGCGAAUAAGCAGUAUGGAGGGAGAGCGUAUGAGAGAAGAGAUGGAGGAGAUCACGCAGCAGCAGAUGGUUCAUGAUAAGUACUGUAAGGAGUUGAUGGGUUUCAGCACUAAACCACGGCAUAUCACACCCUUCACCAGCUUUCAGUCAGUGCAGCCACAGCAGUCCAAUGCUCUGCUGGGGCUGCUGGGAUAUAGCACACCACAGGGCUUCCUAAGUUUUGGAGCUGCACCUGUUCCCUCUAAAAGCACGCUUGUGGAGAGCCGGUACUGCAGAGAACUGAUGGAGGAGCGUUUUGACCAGGUGUGCCGCUGGGUGCUGAAAUACAGGACCAGUAAGAAUCCACUAAUCCAGAUGACUAUUCUAAACCUUCUGCCUCGACUCGCUGCCUUCCAGCCUCAUACUUUCACUGAUCAGUAUUUACAGGACACUAUGGGUCACCUGCUGGGCUGUCUGAAAAAAGAAAAGGAACGAACAGCAGCAUUUCAAGCAUUGGGUCUGCUGGUAGUGGCUGUAAGGACCGAAAUUCAGCCCUACCUCACCAAGAUCCUGGAGAUUAUCAAAGCUGCACUGCCACCUAAAGACUUUGCACACAAGAGGCAGAAGACCAUGCAGGUGGAUGCUACUGUAUUCACUUGUAUAAGUAUGCUGUCCAGAGCUAUGGGGCCUAGCAUCCAACAGGAUGUCAAAGAACUUCUGGAGCCCAUGUUAGCUGUUGGUCUCAGUCCUGCACUGACUGCAGUGCUGUAUGACCUGAGCAGACAGAUCCCACUGCUGAAGAAGGACAUUCAGGAUGGUCUGCUAAAGAUGCUUUCACUUGUGCUCAUGCAUAAGCCACUGCGUCACCCAGGUAUGCCCAAGGGCCUGGCAUACCAGUUGGCAUCACCCAGCCUGACCAACAUCCCUGAGGCUAGCGAUGUGGGCAGCAUCACCCUGGCACUGCGUACUCUCGGCAGCUUUGAAUUUGAAGGUCACUCCUUGACACAGUUUGUGCGCCACUGUGCUGACCACUUCCUGAACAGCGAGCACAAGGAGAUUCGCAUGGAGGCAGCGCGUACCUGCUCACGUCUGCUCACCCCCUCCAUUCACCUGAUUAGUGGCCACGGACACGUGGUCAGUCAAACCGCUGUGCAGGUGGUGGCUGAUGUUCUCAGCAAGUUACUGGUGGUUGGCAUCACUGACCCAGACCCUGAUAUUCGAUACUGUGUGCUGGCCUCUCUGGACGAACGCUUUGAUGCCCACUUGGCACAAGCAGAGAACCUCCAGGCUCUGUUUGUGGCCCUUAAUGAUGAAGUGUUUGAGAUUCGUGAACUGGCGAUCUGCACUAUCGGCCGUCUUAGCAGUAUGAACCCGGCCUUUGUCAUGCCCUUCCUUCGCAAGAUGCUCAUUCAGAUCCUGACCGAGCUGGAACAUAGCGGUGUGGGCCGAAACAAAGAGCAAAGUGCCCGAAUGUUGGGUCACUUGGUGUCUAAUGCCCCUAGACUCAUCCGCCCAUACAUGGAGCCCAUUCUCAAGGCCCUCAUCUUGAAGCUGAAAGAUCCUGAUCCAAACCCUGCAGUCGUUAUCAGUGUAUUAGCUACCAUUGGAGAACUUGCCCAGGUGAGUGGACUGGAGAUGAGGAAAUGGAUGGAUGAGCUGUUCCCCAUCAUUAUGGACAUGCUGCAGGACUCCUCUUCAUUAGCCAAGCGACAGGUGGCACUUUGGACUUUGGGUCAACAAGUAGCCAGUACUGGGUAUGUGGUGGAGCCAUACAGGAAGUACCCAUCUCUACUAGAGGUGCUACUCAACUUUCUGAAGACAGAACAGAACCAGGGGAUUAGGAGAGAGGCUAUACGUGUGUUAGGUCUGCUUGGAGCUCUGGAUCCCUACAAACACAAGGUGAAUAUCGGUAUGAUUGACCAGUCUCGCGAUGCUUCGGCUGUUAGCCUCUCAGAGUCCAAGUCCAGCCAGGAUUCAGCUGACUACAGUACCAGUGAGAUGUUGGUCAACAUGGGCAACCUGCCACUAGAUGAGUUUUACCCAGCAGUUGCCAUAGUGACUUUGAUGCGUAUCCUACGUGACCCAUCGCUGUCCAAUCACCACACCAUGGUGGUGCAGGCCGUCACCUUCAUUUUCAAAUCGCUUGGCCUGAAAUGUGUGCAGUUCCUGCCUCAAGUUAUGCCCACCUUUCUCAACGUCAUCAGAGUGUGUGAUGCCAGCAUCAGAGAGUUCCUUUUUCAGCAGAUGGGGAUGGUUGUGUGCUUCGUCAAGAUCCACAUCCGGCCAUACAUGGAUGAUAUCUUCACGCUAAUCCGGGAAUACUGGACUCCAAACAACCCCAUGCAGAACACCAUUAUUUUGUUGAUUGAGCAGAUUGUGGUGGCUCUAGGUGGAGAAUUCAAACUCUACCUGCCACAGCUCAUCCCACAUAUGCUGCGAGUCUUCAUGCAUGACAACAGCACUGGACGUAGUGUCACCAUUAAGCUGCUCAUGGCCAUCCAGCUGUUUGGAGCUAACCUGGAUGACUACCUCCACCUACUGCUGCCUCCUGUAGUUAAACUGUUCGAUGCCCCUGAUGUCCCCCUGCAGGCCCGCAAGGUUGCCUUGGAGACUUUAGAUCGCUUGACUGAGUCUUUGGACUUCACGGAUUAUGCCUCCAGAAUUAUUCACCCCAUUGUACGCACUCUUGACGUUACUCCAGAGCUGCGGAACACCUCCAUGGACACGCUGUCCUCACUAGUCUUUCAGCUUGGCAAAAAGUACCAGAUCUUCAUUCCUAUGGUAAAUAAAGUGAUGUUGAAACAUCGCAUCAAUCACCAGCGCUACGAUGUGCUCAUCUGUCGAAUUGUCAAGGGCUAUACUUUGGCGGAAGAGGAAGAGGACCCUUUAAUAUUUCAGCAUAGACAAUUACGUGGUAAUCAAAGUGACACUCUGGUUAGUGGCCCGGUUGAAUCAGGACCAAUGAAGAAACUGCACGUCAGCACAACUGCUCUGCAGAAGGCUUGGGGUGCAGCCAGAAAGGUGUCCAAAGAUGACUGGCUGGAGUGGUUGAGACGUCUCAGUGUGGUCUUGCUAAAAGAAUCAUCUUCACCUGCACUGCGCUCCUGCUGGUCUCUGGCGCAAACAUACAUACCACUCGCUAGGGAUCUUUUUAAUGCUGCAUUCUUAUCUUGCUGGUCAGAGCUCAGUGAAGAUCAGCAGGAUGAACUGAUACGCAGUAUUGAGCUUGCUCUGACUUCUCAGGAUAUUGCUGAAGUCACACAGACACUGCUCAAUCUUGCAGAAUUCAUGGAGCACAGCGAUAAGGGCCCACUUCCUUUGAGAGAUGACAAUGGGAUUGUUCUGCUGGGGGAGAGAGCUGCUAAAUGUCGGGCUUAUGCCAAGGCCCUGCACUACAAGGAACUUGAGUUUCAAAAAGGCCCUUCACCGCUCAUUUUAGAAUCUCUAAUCAGGUAGGAAACAGACACUCUUGAAAUCUGAGGAUAGUCUAGAUGCCUAGAAGGCUUCAUUUCAGUUAGUUUGGUUCAAAAAACAAAACAAUUUGCUUUAUUGACUGCUCUGUUACUCAACAGAUUUUAUGUUUUUAUGAUGACAGGUAAUUAUUAUUUAUUAGCAAGCUAGUAAUAUAUAGGCUAGUAGUAAAUAAUAUACAAUUAUUGUUUAUUAGCAAGCUAGACUGAAGAUGGUUAAACUCACUGAAAAAUCAGCAACUAACUAUUAGCGUAACUGUUCAUUUAUAUAAAAAAAAAGAAGCUAUUUUUGCAUGAUAAACACAUUAUUUGAUAUACUCUUGACUCACUAUCUAUGUGAUGUGUUUUCUGGCAACUGAUAUCAUGUCAGGGGCUGGGGCGUGCACUUCUGUUGGUGUUCCACCUGUAAGUUGGUGCCAAAUUUGAAUGUUGUGUUUACAAAGAGUAACUGAAAAUUUCUGCAAAAUUCACCUUUAACAGGGUUCGUACAGAGUUUUUAAAAUAUGGAAAACUAUCAUAUGCUAUAAAUAUAAAAACAAGAACUCUUUACUGGGGCAAUUUUAAACUUCUAACUGGCAUGUAAGUGAACAAAUCAAAUGAAUGUAAACAGGUUGAAGCCCAGUCCAGCCUAAUGGUAAGUCUGGCAGUGGUGACCGUGUUCCCAGUAAAGCAGUCUCUCGUACUUUUUUGCUUAAUUAGAAUUUUAUCUUAAUUUUCAGUUUAUUUUGAGCUCAUCCUAGUGUCAUAGCAAUGUCUGUUUAAUAACACAGAUCAUUGUUUCCACCUAUAUGUUUAUUUUAGGCCCCGUCCACACGGAGACGUGUUUCAGUGAAACCGCACAAAUAUUUUAUCGGAUAGGCGUUUCGUCCACACAGAUCCGGCGUUUUCGAAAGGUGAAACCAGUAUUUUUUGAAACCGGGUCCCAGGGUGGAAAAAUUUGAAAACGCCGUCUUGACGUUAUCGUGUGGACGGGGCAAUCCGUAUAUUUUCUGAAACGAUGAUGUCAUCACCCCACGUGUCGACCCUAGUCAGACGUGCUAACACCACAAAACAGC